CGAUAUGAGUGCUCGAAAGACCAGCUCCAGUGUCGUCGCACUGUUAAUAUGUUUCUAAAUUAACCAAAACCACGUCGUCAUUCCCUCCCGCUCUGAUACAACCACAUGUAGAGACAGACGGAAAUACAGGGCUAAUCAGUCGUCGACAAUGAACCAAGACAACGUAUACAAAUAUUGAGUUUAACAACGGAGCUUUAAUUUUACCGGACAUUUACACUUUUGUUUAUUUUAACGGAAAUUGAGUGGAGUCUAUGAGAGACAACAUGGUUACGCUGACAAGAAGUCGUCGCUUCCGUUACUUAAUCUCUAUGGUUGGUGUGUUUUUCGGUACAAUUUACCUACGACAUUUAUCGUCCCAUGCAAUGGAGUCAGUUAUCGAUAAGGACGCCACCAGCAAGUUGCAGGAGACAACAGCGGAAAUAACGCCGGAUCCAAACGCAAAAUACGAAAAACGGGCUACCGAGAUGGUGGAACGCCAGGACGCUCUAAAGGCGGCGUGUCGUGAAAUGACCAAUCAGGAGAACGACUUUCAUUUACGGUCCUCGAUGAAGGUUUUUGUUGAUGAAAAACACAGACUAUUGACCUGUCUAGUCAAGAAAGUGGCGUCAACGAGUUGGAAAAGAGUGUUUUUAGUUUUAUUAGGAUUUGCCAACUCAUCCCAAAUAAACGAUGAUUUUGACUUCCGAUGGGAGAAAAUGGUAGUAAAACACGGUAGGCAGAGAGUCACUGUAAAAAGUUUGAAUUCAAAAAUAUUCAAGAAUUACGUCAAGUUUUUGUUUGUUCGCCAUCCAUUUACUCGCCUGCUAUCGGCUUAUCGUGACAAGUUCGAACGACAGAGAUCUCGAAGUGGUCGACACGAGCCGCUUCUUAGCACUUCGAUAAAAAACACCAGAGAUGCCAUAAUGAAGAGAUACAACCUAUCAGACAGUUACAGCGUCACGUUCCCGCUAUUUGUGAGAUAUCUGAGCGACAGUAACGUAAACAACUUUGACGCUCAUUGGGCGCCUAUUUACAAAUCUUGUACACCUUGUACGAUAAAGUAUGACGUCAUUGGCAGAUACGAGGAGCUGAACGAGGACGCGGACUUUGUAUUACACGCUUCUGGAAUAAAGCAUUUGAAUUUUCCGGACACUGUAUACGACAUCGGUCAGAGAACAGACAGCUCACAUCAUCAGAUAAUGAAGCACUAUUUCAGUCAGCUUUCUCACGAGGAAGUUAUGAGACUGUAUGAGAUAUACGAAUGGGAUUUCAAACUUUUUGGAUAUCCCUAUCCUUUUGAGUUUUUACAAAUGUCGGAAGAAGACGACGAAUGA